AUGCCAGACUACUUCCCAAGGCUUCUUGAGCCCUUAAUUCAUCAUAUUCUAUCAUUUCUUCCUUUCAAAGAAAUCGGCCGCACUUGCGUUUUAUCCAAAUAUUGGAAUAGCAUUUGGUGCAACUAUCCUAAUCUGGAUUUCUAUAUGGUGGCAAAAAAUCAUGAUAAACGUUGGUCAAAAGAAAAUUCAGAAAAAGCUAUUUUUGAUUACAUGAAUAACUCCUUUGAUCAGUUCCUAGAUGGAAGGCCUUUCAUACAAAAACUCGCCCUACAUAUUGAAUGCUGGACUGUGGGGAGAGCUUUGACAACAAAGUUGGAUCGUUGGUUACAUUUGUUGGUAGACAAGAAUGUGUCAAUGCUAGUGCUCAGAACUAAAACUCUAUGGUCUCCACCCAGAUACUAUGUUCCUCAGCAUGUCUUCAUUGCACGAACGCUCGAAGUUUUGGAUUUAUCUUUCUGUACAUUGGAUACAUGUCACAUUGUUCAUGUUGAUCUACCGAGUCUAGAGACACUCUCACUCUCCCGUUGCUGGAUUUUAGGUGACAAAUUGCUGCAAAAGAUUGUGUGUGGUAGCCCUAAGACUAAACACAUUGUGAUUUCUUGCUACCUAGGACCACCACCUGUGUGCUCUAUUUCUAUCCCCAACCUAGUCUCUGUAGCAAUGAGACUUGAAGUUUUAGAUUUAUCAGGGUGUAUCUUGGAGGAACAUUGCUUUGUUGGUAUUGAGUUUCCAAGUUUGGAGAGGCUGGUUUUAAGGAACUGCAGGUUUGUAGGUAACAAUUUGCUGGAAAAGAUUUUGAGUGCUUGCGGCCCUAGUAUGAAGCACAUAUCAAUUUCUUGGUGCAAAGGAAUAGGAGGGUCGAUAUCUCUUUCGGUGUCGUGUAAACCUCUGUUGAAGGGGUUUUUCUUGAGAUGCGAUGAUGAGUUUAAGAGGAUUAAGAUUGAUGCGCCGAAUCUUCGUACAUUCUCCUAUGAAUCCAGUAAUGUUGCAUGUGUCAUUGAUUUGACCUGUUGUCCAAAUCUGGAAAACUUGUAUGGACGUAUUGGCAAGACUUUGAAUCACCCUGCUUCUGCUUUGCUACUUCAUCAUAAAAUUUAA